AUGGUGCUGGUGCUCGUCGUUGGCGACCUGCACGUCCCACAGCGCGCUGCGGCCAUACCGGAGGCCUUCACCCACAUGCUAGCCCCGGGACGCAUCAACGUGGUGUUGAUGACGGGGAACACCGGCUGUCGAGAGAUGCACGACUACUUCCGCACAAUCGCGCCGGAGGUGUACUGCGCCAAGGGGGAGUUUGACCGCUGGAGCCACCCCCAGUUGCAGGAGACACACCUGCUCACGGUGGAGGACCUAAAGAUUGGCCUCAUUCACGGACAUCAGGUGGUGCCUUGUGGCGACAGGGAUGCCCUGGCGAUUGUGCAGCGUAAGAUGGACGUGGACGUCCUCGUUUCCGGCGCCACCCACCGCUGCAAAACUUUCGAGUUUGACGGCCACCUCUUCGUCAAUCCCGGCUCCAUUACUGGGGCCUUUACCCCCACACAUCCAGACGUGGACCCCGCCUUUGUGCUACUCGACAUCAAAGAGAAAACGGUGACCUCCUUUGCCUACGUGUAUAAGCCGCGGGAGGACGCCGGCGGCGAGGACUUCACAAUCAAGCGGAAGGUCUGGACGAAGGAGUAG